UUAGAACGGCUGCAUCGGUUGAGGACGGAAAUGGCUUUAAGCAACGUGUCCAUGAUAAGAGUAAUCGCUCUCGUGGUCUCGAUGGGAGUGGUUAUGGCUAGCAGACCUCAUGGCUUCUCCGGCACAUUAGUGGACUUCACGGAUCCAAAGGUACAAGGCCACCUCGAUGCUUUAAUUAGAAUGGCUCAGUCCUGCGUGAUCAAAGUACGAGCGACACCCAAGGACGUGCGAGCGUACUUCACCAACUCUCCUCCCAUCACUCGAUCAGGACAAUGCUUCGCGGCCUGCAUGCUGGAACAGAGUGAUGUUAUCAAUCAUGGAAAAGUUAACAGAGAACUACUAAUCCAUCUUGCAAGUCUUGUGAACGGCAAGAAUUCUCGCGUUGUACGAAAACUACACAGCAUUUCGCGGUUAUGUCUGGAUAGUAUCGAGGGAAUGUCCGAUAGAUGCCAGCUAGCUUCAACAUACAAUGACUGCUUGAAUGAAAACAUGAUUGAGUUUGCAUUUCCACUAGACAUCGCUGAAGAGGCAGUCAGGAAGAUGCCUUUCCAUCUUAUACAGCCUAAUUUACCACAGGAGCUGAGACAAACACAUUUCUAAGUAAACAUUUUUGCUAUCUUGUAUUUUUAUAUUUUUCAUUAAAAAACUUUAUUUGUU